UCAACAGCAUCAAAGCCAGCACCUAACUGCCCACCAUACACACUCACCUUCCCCCCCUGUAAACUCUGAACAUAAAAGUGCCUGUCCCUCCCUCCAUUCCUCUUCCAAGGAGAGGAGAGCCACCUUACGCUCUCUCAUCUCUCUCUGUCUCCCUCUCUCUGUUCUCUCGAUACGGAGGGAGGUGUGCCGUUCUUCGAGGAGACGAAGCAGCAGCUGUCGGAAAGAUAAGCAAGGAAACAUCAGCUGGUCAAGAUGACAGCUGGUUUACAGCUCGGCGUGAUCGGGUCUCUCGCGCUCUCCGUUGCAUCUUCAGUUGCCAUUGUCAUCUGCAACAAAGCUCUCAUCAGCACACUUGGUUUCCCAUUCGCUACAACAUUAACAAGCUGGCAUCUCAUGGUGACCUACUGCACCCUCCAUGUGGCACAACGCUUACAUUUUUUUGAGCCCAAGGCAAUUGAUGGACAUACAGUGAUCCUCUUUGGGUUUCUGAACGGCACCUCAAUUGGACUUUUAAACCUUAGUUUAGGAUUCAACUCCAUUGGAUUCUACCAGAUGACGAAACUGGCCAUAAUACCUUUCACUGUGCUGUUGGAGACAAUCUUCCUGAACAAAAGAUUCAGCGAGACUAUCAAGCUCUCUCUUAUGGUCUUACUUCUUGGAGUAGGUAUCGCAUCAGUUACAGAUCUCGAGCUAAAUCUACUUGGGUCCGUCCUUUCUGGCCUCGCCAUCGCCACCACUUGUGUUGGCCAAAUUCUCACAAACACAAUACAGAAGAAACUGAAGGUCUCGUCAACGCAGCUUCUGUACCAAUCUGCGCCAUACCAAGCAGCAAUUUUGUUUGCGACCGGCCCGUUUGUGGAUCGACUCCUUACAAACCGCAGUGUCUUCGCCCACAAAUACACCACUCCAGUUGUGGGUUUCAUCAUCCUAUCUUGCUUGAUUGCGGUGUCUGUGAACUUCAGUACAUUUCUUGUGAUUGGAACGACGUCUCCAGUCACAUACCAGGUGCUUGGCCACCUUAAGACAUGCCUGGUUCUCUCUUUUGGCUACACUCUACUACACGAUCCUUUCACCAUGAAGAACAUAUUAGGCAUUCUGGUCGCCAUAUUUGGUAUGGCAUUGUAUUCCUUCUUCUCAGUCAGGGAGAGCAAGAAGAAGUCAACAAAUGAUGCUCUGCCAGUUUCACAGAUGCCAGAUAAGGAGACUGAACCACUUUUGGCAACCAAAGACGGCAGUGAUAUCAAGAAGGCAAAUGGUGUAUCUCACGGCUGCUAAGACUUCCCUUGCUUAGUGUAGAUAUAGUAUGCACGUCUGCUCUUCGAGUUUCAAGGAUCUGGAAAGCCAUUUCUUUCCGUUCUUAAAUUUCUUUUGUAGAGAAGGAAAAGAUUUCCAUAUCGUAGAGUGUAUAUUUUGACACAACAAUUAUUAUUUGCUUAUCCUUUUUCGCACUUAA